AUGCCUGUACUCAAAGGUUUGACAUGGCAAUCACUUAAAGCGAAUUAUUCUUUAAUUCCGCUUUUCUCCAUUGUUACUAUCGGUAUGGCAAUGGCGUUUGGACAUGCAUUUCGCAGUUUAGCGUUUGCAACAGAUGUUAAAUGUAAUCGACGAAAUCCUGAUCAUCCAUGGGAAGCACAAGUCAACGAUGAUGGAUCGUUUAAACAUGCAAAAUAUCUUAAAAUUCACGAUUACCGUAAAUUAAAGAAGAGUGAAUAUGAACCAGAACUCAAUGAAUAA